AUGUCCUACACAGAGGAACUGACAGUGGAGGAGCUCAGGAUCCUCGGUAAUGAAAAGUUCCGUGCCUUGAAUUAUGGUGCUGCCCUGAUGCGUUACACACAGGCACUUGACAAGGACCCAUCCAAUUUUGCAGUUUACUACAAUAGGGCAGUCACGUUUGUUAAAAUGGAUGCGAUUGACGAGGCCAAAGAGGACCUACUCAAAUCACUGGAGAUAAACCCGAAUUACAUUCCCAGCUUAUGUCAACUUGGGUUCAUUUACCUUUAUAAAGGUGAUACGCCAUCGUCUUUGGAGACAUAUGCAAAAAUUAUCAAAUUAAACCAAACCUUGCCAAACCAGAUGAAUAGGUUUAAGGCGCAGCUGAAAAAGGCCAUUCAGCUUGCAGAGGAUAGAUGUAGACAACAGGAGUACCCAGAAUCUUUUAUCAACGAGAUUCUGACACCUGAAAUCAGAGAAAUUAUAAACUCUUAUCCUGAUCUACCGAACAACAUGGUUGAGUCGGGUGUCCCCCCCGUCGCAUUCGGUAAUGUUCCAAUUUCAAACCAAACUCCGCAAGCUGCUAUUAUUUCAAGGACAAGCAUACCAAUUCCAGCUCCCAUUCCUACGGAGGGAAAUACAAGAACCCAAGUUGAAACAUCUGUAGGUGAAAUUGGUGAGAACAUUGCACGUGCGCUGAAUAUCCCUGGACUAACCAACCUAUUCAAUGGUCAAGGUGUAGCUACUUUUAAUGUUGGUAAUCCCGAUGAUUUCAACAACCUGAUGGCAGGAAUAAGCGGUGUAGCAGCAACACCUACUAGAAACGACACUCCAAGACCGCCCCCAAGUGGACUGGGAACGGCUAGAAGAAACUCAACCUCACAGAGUGCCCCAGAUGUUCCUGUUACUCAAACAAGAGGCGCAGAAGGUACAACCACCCAAGAGACAGCAUCGCAGGUAUCUGGCGAAGGAGAGAACCACAACGAGGUUCACAGACCUACCAUUGUCAGUGUUGCAACUACAACAACCCCAGUGGUUGCCUCAUCAUUGCCAAUCCCUGAACAUGUUGCCAACAUUCACAACAUGGCAGUCCAACGUGCACGAGAAUUGCGAGAACAAAGGGAUGCUGGAAGGGCAGGUGGUCAUGUAUCGACACCAGCACCACCUGAAACUUCAAACUCUGUAAGUUCUGAUGCGACAUCGGCUAUGGAUUCCGACGCCGAAGUCCCCGAUCCAGAAGUUGAAGUUCCAGAGGAGCCGGCCAACACACCACAAGGUACGGCCACUGAUAGUAAUCCAGCAUUCUCGAUUGCAAGGACCAUGCAGGAACAACUGAUGAAUGCUAUUCAAACCAAUGCAGCUAGAGGUAAUUUGUCAACACAGUCACUUGCUCAAAAUCUGGGCAAUAUUGCAAGCACUGUAAUUGGCGGUUUGGCAAGCUCUGCUCUGAACACACAAACUAACAAUACGCAAAGUAGCAAUACACAAAGUAGCAAUACGCAAAGUGGCAACACGCAAACCAGUAGCACCAAUGCUAGCAAUUCCCACCCUGAUGAUCUUGAAGUCGAUAUGGAUUUAGAUUGA